AUGUCACGAGGACGGAGAGACGCCUCAAUGGCCAGCCUUGGCGCAAGUCUGGGCUCUAGGAUGGCUCUACAAUUUGGUAUUAGUAGGUUAUGGAGUGGCACACGACUGCCGCAAACAUCCAAUACGCUCCAGGGUAUUCGAGCGAAUGGCUGUUGUGGCGCAAUAGCAUUGAUAUGUCAAUGA